AUGGUUUCAACAACUAAGGUGGGUGGUGGCUGCUCAAUAUCUCGUCGAAAGGAGACAAUCAUCUCUUUACACUUUUUGGGGUUCAAUUUCAUAUUAUUGGUACUUGUCCAAUUACCAAUUGCGUCCAAUUCGUUUUGUAGUAUAGAUACCUCCCUUGUUGGAACAAUCUCAGAUAUCGUCACGUCGUCUACGUACUUCCAAUUACUGGAACGCGGGGAUACUAUUUUCAAAUCAUUAAUCAUUAUGACAAAAAGGAUUGGACCCAAUUUGGUACCCUGUGGGACCCCAGCACUAGUUGAAAGCCAUCGGGACACGCACUGUCCCAGCUUAACACACUGGCGGCGAUUUGAAAGGAAGCUACAAAACCAAGGGAUUAUUGAACGGCGCACUCCCAAAUCGAUCAAUUUUGUUAUAACAAUAUUGUGGUCUAUUCUAUCGAAAGCUUUGCUAAAGUCCAGAAAGCAAGCUCUAAGGUAAUGACCUGGGUUGUCCAUUUUAGAAAGCCAGUUGUGGAUAAGAUCUAGAAGGCAAAGGGUGGUAGAUGUUCCCUUCAGGCUGCCAUACUGACGAUUAUCGAUUUGUCCACCUAUGUCCUCAACCAUCCAACUAACCACAAAGUCUUCGAGUACUUUCGAUAACACAGGGGUAAGUGCGAUGGGGCGAGUAUCGCUCUCAACCUGGGUUUGUUUCGCUUUAGGAAUGGGUAUGAUGGUAGAAUCUUUCCAUAAAACAGGUACUAGUCCAGAGGACAAAGAUGUAUUAAAUAUUGAUGUAACUGGCUCAGCAAGUUCGUAGGCGAACUCUUUUAAAAUUCGUGAUGGAAUACUGUCCGGGCCCAUAGCCUUAUUAGCCUGAAGUUUUAAGAGCUUACUACAAACCUCAUGAGGAUGAAUUGUAGGAGGCGGCACCGCAGCUGGUAAGAAUGUUGGAAGGCCUGAAAUAUCAAGUGGUGGGAUAUCACUUGCUACACUUACGAAAUAAUCAUUUAGAGACUCUGCCAGUUCACCUUCCGAUAAUAACUGUCCGUCACGCUCAAUUGUAAACUGAGGUUGACUUUUCGCUCUACCUGACAUUGUGUUAAUAGUGUGCCACCAUUGACGGACAUCGUCUUUUCGCAAGUUAUGGAUUUUUUGGGUAUAGAAAUUAUUUUUCCUGGUUUUAAUCUCUAUCUGGACCUUCCGUCUGUAUUGGCGCCACAAUUGCGCGUCGCCAGUGUGGAAAGCACGUUGGCGUUCUUUAAUAAGUUGCUUUAUGUGCCCAGUAAUCCAUGGUUUGUCCGUGGGAUGAAAUUUGAUUGUGUUCACUGGAAAAAAUGAUCGAAUGCAGUGUUCAGAUCAUUGGUAAAAGAUGACGCUAACUCAUCCGACGAUGGAUUGAGUCCAAGUCCACUAAACCAUUUAUUCCUGGUUGACCAUAAACCAAAACCAUUCAAACCUGACUGAGGAUACCGACGCACAGUGCGCUUUGUACACGUAUUAUUAUUAUCCUUAAAAAUGUCUUUUGGGAUCCACAUGAUUACGUUAUGGUCCGAUGUUCCAAGUGGAGCAGAAAUAUCCGGUGUUUUGUAAAAGGAUUUCAAGUUCGUAAUAAUAUAGUCUAAGAUUGAAUCUUGUCUAGUCGGACGCGUGACGACUUGCUUAAGGUUGUGACUUGUAACUAAAUCCUGUAUAUUGAGACGAUUAAAAUCGCCUAAAACGACUAUGCCACAAUCAGGGUAUUUAGAGCGUAUAGUAUCAAUAGAGGACACAAGGUAAUCGCAAAGUUCCCUCUGUUCUUGCACACUUUUGUCCGGUGGAUUAUACACUACACAUACUGCGAUUGCAGAUAGCGGUCUCGGUAGGCGUGGUGGUCAAGCCCACAACCACAUACACUCUAGAUUUAAAUCUUCUAGUUCCAAGUAUCGCGUAAUGGAUAUCUGCUGAGACACAUAAACGCAAACCCCACCCCCACAGCCAUGUGUCCGGUCCUUACGAUGAAUUACAUAACCACCAAUCGAUAUUUGAUCGUCCCCUGUCUCAUCAGUCAACCAAGACUCCGUAAUUGCGGCUAUAUGAACUUUGUUGACGGACAUAUAUGCUGCAAGUUCAUCAACCUUUCCAUUAAUUGAGCGUGCGUUCAAGCAGCAAAUUCUCGGGAGUAUAGCUUUAUUUUGUUUUUUGUUCUUUUCAUUAUAAUUAUUUGUGCAUCUAAUACGGGUUAGAUUGUUAUAAUUGACACCUCGCGUUUCUGUACGCCUUCUUUGCCUCACACGGUAACCAAAAUUACGUGACGAAACUCUGUAAUAUAUAUAUAUAUAUAUAUAUAUAUAUAUAUAUAUAUAUAUAUAUAUAUAUAUAUAUAUAUAUAUAUUGAGCGCUCUACAGGAUGAGCCAUGCCGCUUACGCAUUGCGCACGCUCACUGCUUACAGUUUGAGCGCUCUAGCAUGGUUUUGAUGUCCCACAAUCGUGAGGCAUCAAAGGUAACUGUAAAUAGCAGUUACUUUCAUCCUGCUCAUCAGCACUACACUGAUGAAGGCCCAUAUAUAUAUAUAUAUAUAUAUAUGAUGUACUAUUUAAAACACGAGUAGGAGUGUUUUAUCAGAUAUAUAACGCGAGGCGCAGCGGAGCGUUAUAUAUCUGAUAAAACACUCCUACUCGUGUUUUAAAUAGCUUAAAAUAUGACUACAAAAGAAUACUAAUUAGGAUGAACAUAGUACAAUCAUGCUAAUUAAGAUGAACAAUUAUAUAAUUCCACAUGUGUUUUAUCAGAUAUAAAGUCACUCCACGUGACAUAUUAUGGCUGACAUGAUUUGCCACAAGGUUUAUGAUUUAUUAAUGAGUAUUUUAAAUAUAUACAUAUAUAUAUAUAUAUAUAUAUAUAUAUAUAUAUAUAUAUAUAUAUAUAUAUAUAUAUAUAUAUAUAUAUAUAUAUAUAUAUAUAUAUAUAUAUAUAUAUAUAUAUAGAGUUGAAGAUUUGUAAUCCAGGCAUUUUAUUAAUUGAAUAAUUCUACAAAUUAUUUUGUUCUCUGGAUUCUAAUUUAAAUGCUUUGAGCUUUCGACUCGGUACUUCGAGCCUUCAUCAGAAAGUUGGAAUGUUUGAAUUUUCGCGCUGUUCUCGUUCUUGAAGCCUUUGGGAACGUCUGAUUGGUUGAUCACGGAUUUCGGCUGAUGGAUUGUUAUUGGUUGCCAUGGAGUGCGGGUGAUUGCAAUCAUCGUGAGUUGAUAUUGAGAAGGAAGUUGCGGGUGGGUUAAAGGUUAAUGAAGGCGAAACAGGACUUUUGUGUGAGUGUUUUAGUUGUAAGUAUAUUACAGGAAUGUCAAUAUGGCGGUUAAAUGUUAGUUUAUCUAUACUAUGCCACGCUUCUUUAAACUCACGGGCAUGUUUCGUAGUAGCUUGUCCUAGGCAUCUCGUUUGAGACCAGUCAAAUUUGUGUCCGUUAUCGUCUGCGUGCUUGGCUGGGAGUGAAUUAUGGUCAUGUCUGUUAAUGGCGUUUUGAUGUUCGGUUAAUCUUGUCUGAAUUUUCUUAGACGUUUGUCCAAUGUACUUGUCGGGGCAGUUUUUGCAAGUAAACAUGUAAAUGGCGUUAUGUUUUUCGGUUACGUUUGUUUUGUCUUUAUGAUUAGUGAACUUGGAUCUAAGUUUGCAUGUUGGUUUGUGUGCAAUGUCGAUGUUGAACGGUCUGAGAAGUCUAGCUGUCAUUUCCGACGUGGUGUUUAUAUAAGGAAGUGUGAUCCUCUUUCUUGUUUGGUUUGGUUGGUCUGUGUUAGUUUGUUUCCUAUGUGAUAGUACUUUGUUGACAAAGUCCAAGGGGUAGUCAUUUUUGUGAAAAGUAGAGUAUAAGUAUUUGCGUUCGUCUCGUUUAGAUUCCUCAGUGCUGCAAUGCGUGUCAAUUCUGUUGAAAAGUGUUUUUAUGCAACUGAUUUUGUGCUGUGUGGGGUGGUUGCUAUUGUAAUUUAAUAUUUGGUCUGUGUGCGUUUUCUUGCGAUAUACUUGUGUGUUUAAGGUGCCGUUGUCAGUUCUUGUUAUUAAUACGUCCAAAAAUGCGAUUUUAUUGUCGUGUUCUUCCUCUUUAGUAAACUUGAUGUUUUUAGUGGUGUUGUUGAUCGUUUGUAAGAUGUCGUCCGUUUUGUCUUUUUUAACAGUAGCGAAUACAUCAUCAACAUACCUGUCCCAUGUUUUGAUGUCAUUGUUAUUUGUCACAGCUUUAUUUUCCAGGUCUUGCAUCACUGCUUCAGCAAGGAAACUGGAAAGAGGUGACCCCAUUGGAGUGCCGGAGAUUUGUCUGUAGUAAUUGUUUUGAAAGCAGAAUUCAGUUGAAAGACAUAGGUCAAGUAAAUCGAGAAUGUCUUGUAUAUUGAGUUGUGUGUGUGAUUGCCAUGAGGUAUUGUUAGUAAGAAGUUUUCUGGUUAUUUGUCUUGCUGUGUCAAGAGGAAUGGAAGUGAAUAAGGAAACGACGUCAAAGGAAAUCAUGAUUUCAUCAGGUUCAACUCUGAGAUCUUUCAUUUUCGACAGAAAGGCUUUGGCAUUAUUCACAGAAUGAGGUGAUGACUUAAUCAGAGGUUUGAGAAUUUCAGAGAGAUACUUCGAUAGGUUGUAUGUAGGGGAUCCAGGAAGGGAAACAAUUGGUCGGAGAGGCUUAUUCUCUUUAUGUAUUUUUGGAAGUCCAUAGAAUUUAGCAAUAGUUGCGUCGUUGGGUCUGACUCGAUCAUAAAUUUGUUUGCUUAGUUUGUCUUGGUCCUUGAGGGUUUUAAGUUUCGUGUUAAUUCGAUUGACUGUAGUUUUACUUUGGUCGGUGUCAAGUGGCUGAUAAGUGUUAGUGUCAUUAAUGCCUGGAUUACAAAUCUUCAACUCUAUUAAUAUAUAUAUAUAUAUAUAUAUAUAUAUAUAUAUAUAUAUAUAUAUAUAUAUAUAUAUAUAUAUAUAUAUAUAUAUAUAUAUAUAUAUAUAUAUAUAUAUAUAUAUAUAUGGGAUAGCUACUCCCAGACACGCAAGGAAAUGGGAAUUAUUCGCACGAAAGAAAUCGUCGACCUUUGAACAACUCCACUUUCUUCACAACUGCAAACGUCUAAACGUCCUACCUAACAGCAUUAACUACCAACCACCGGUUAAAAGCAAUUUAGCUAUACGCACUGCUCAGGCCACUGCGACGCAUGUUAAAUGUAUUAAUAACAGAAACACACAAUCGUUUGCGUACAUAUCAACGAAGAAUUAAGGAUCACCGCAGCGCCAUUUUUGCCAUAACUAACACAGAAGACGGAAAUUCAUUAGAAAAUACCAUUAGAAGUAUAGUACAGGAAUAUCAAUAAAAAAGACGUGCAAAAUUACAACGAAAACUCAACAAUUCCAGAUAAUACCAACGUAACCAUAACAACGCAUGGGUUAAAAAUAUCUCCCACAAGCAACUCACUGAUCAACAGAAACAAGUACUAGCCAAAGGAUUGAAUUACAACGCAGCUGACGCGAAGAAACUAGAUUUUAUCGCCGACCUCGAAUCAGCUUUGAAGGGUACUGAACUAACAGAUGACGCCAAAAACAACAUUCGCCAUCAAGUAACAACUAACCUUUUACACUCAAAACAUCCUGUCGACCUCACCAAACAAGAACGCAAAGCAUUGAAAGACCUUAAGAACGAUGAUGAUGUUAUUAUUCUACCCGCAGACAAAGGAUGCAUGACUGUUGUCAUGGACAAAUCAGAUUACACUAAUAAAGCUAAAGCACUCAUUAACUGACACUAACACUUAUCAGCCACUUGACACCGACCCAAGUAAAACUACAGUGAAUCGAAUUAACACGAAACUUAAAACCCUCAAGGACCAAGACAAACUAAGCAAACAAAUUUAUGAUCGAGUCAGACCCAACGACGCAACUAUUGCUAAAUUCUAUGGACUUCCAAAAAUACAUAAAGAGAAUAACCCUCUCCGACCAAUUGUUUCCCUUCCUGGAUCCCCUACAUACAACCUAUCGAAGUAUCUCUCUGACAUUCUCAAACCUCUGAUUAAGUCAUGACCUCUUUCUGUCAAUAAUGCCAAAGCCUUUCUGUCGAAAAUGAAAGAUCUCAGAGUUGAACCUGAUGAAAUCA